AUGGAGCCUGAGAACCCGAACGCCUUCAAGCGGAGCUCGAUGCAUCAAGCGCUAUACAGUCGCCCAGUAGAACGACGUGCAAGCAAGAAGUCAUCAUCAAGAGAUAGGCAUGGUAUGGUCUACCCUGACAAUUUCCGAGAAACCACCAUUCGAACCGUGACACCAGAGUCCGCCAACCAUUCACCUUUGUCCGACAACGAGCCGCCAGUAGACCGCGUUGCUUCUUCACCUCACAGUAUCGCGCGUUCACGAACCACCGAGCCAGAGCGGAUCCGAAGCCUCAACAAGCAUUCAACCGGAGGAACCGAGGAAGACGGCCCAGGGGAAGGCAGGAGCCAAAGGGCGCGAUCGCGGACAACGACAGCCGAGGAGCAGCGGAACGACACCCCCAAUACCUUCAAAUCUCGAUCGCGCAUCGGAUCCAUCAACACGGCCAGUCCGUCUCAGCCAAAGGUUCCCGAAGACCCUUCAUCCUCAAUUGGGUUCCCAUCGAUACAAAAAUACUCCAGCCAGACGGUCCCUCGCAAUCGGUUUAGCAAGGCCACUGGUCUCGGAGCGAUCAACCAAGACUCAUUCGCAUCGCCCCUUUCAAGUACGGAAGCUACGAAGAUCCUCCAGUUAAUGAAGACAACCUGUGGCAGAAUGCAUGGAAUCCUGUCUUUUCGGUCCGCCCCGACCACUUCCUGGACAUCCGGGUACUGCGCCAUCAAUGUCGCCACUGGAAGCCUCAUCUACCAAGCCAAAGGAGAGCCAGCAUUGGCCAAGACUUUGAUUCCCGACUUGCGCGGUUGUCGAGUUCGGACGAUGUUUGACCCCGAACUGCAGACAACCUACCUGAGUGUCCACACCUUCACCUCCGGACUCGGAAUACAACUACGCCCCCAUGUUAACGAGACAUUUGAUUCUUGGCUUGCUGCUCUUCUAUGUUGGCAACCGAUUCGACCAAAAGGUGUUCAGAACAAAAUGACCAAACCCCAGGAAGUUGUGAUGGGAGACCGACGAAUCCCUGAGCGCCGGCGAAACUCUGAGAGCUCAGCACAGAAAGACGCAACGAUAAUCAAAGUUGGCAAGAUGCUUCUUUGGGACAAGCCAUCAGCUUCCGGUGCAAUGCCUGUGUCUGGACGUCGUGUCUCAACAUACAAACAGUCAAGGGCUCUUUCUUCCUCAUGGCAGAAAGUGAGCUGCACACUACAAGAAAACGGCCACUUUAAGCUUUACACAGAAUCCGAUGUAUCGCUCCUUGCAACUGUGCAUUUGUCCCAGCUAUCCCGCUGCGCGAUUCAACAGCUUGACUCUUCAGUAUUGGAUGACGAGUUUUGUAUCGCUAUCUAUCCUCAAUACGCUGCGCACCCGAUAACAGAAUCGAACCUGCGCCCCAUAUAUCUCGCCCUUGAGAGCCGCGUUCUCUUCGAGGUAUGGUUCGUAUUGCUGCGAGCUUUCACCAUCCCAGAGCUCUAUGGUCCUGCAUCCCAACUCCGCGAAGACCCCAACAAGACACCAGAAGCCGAAACCCCCGGAACGCCUUCGACUAAGGACAUGUUCCGAAUUGAGCGGUUUUUGAACCUGAAGGUUGUAGAGGCCAAGCUCUUCCGGACCAAAGAAGAAGGCACACCUCGAAGCCGCAAAGCAUCAAGAUCACAUGGCCAACCUUCCCCCUCUCCCAAGCUGAGUGAUUAUUACACAGAGGUUCUUCUCGACGGAGAAAUUCGUGGCAAGACUGCUGUCAAAUACCGCACUAUGAAUCCCUUCUGGCGAGAGGACUUCGUUUUCAACGACCUACCCCCGGUUCUCUCCCAGGCCUCUAUUCUCGUCAAAACCCUCAACCCAACACAGAAAGACUGGACCCUAAUUUCUCACGGAACAUAUGCCCCAAAUCAAGACAUGAACGCCUCCAACAUGCUCAAUGAAAUUGAGAUUUCGGCAAACGAUGCUGUUUCUGGACGCGUAGACUUACGACUGGAAGAAUUGGAUACAGGUGUGGACACCGAAAAAUGGUGGCCGAUCCUGGAUGAUCAAGAUCAACCGAUUGGCGAAAUGUUCAUGCGGGCCAGAAUGGAGGAAACAGUUGUCUUGAUGUCCGACGAGUACUCCGCGAUGUCGGAGCUGCUCCACAAUUUCACUAACGGGCUCACCAUCAACAUGGCGCAAUUGAUGUCAUCAGAGCUCAACCAACUCGCUGAAAUGCUGCUCAACAUCUACCAAGUUUCGGGAUCCACGGUGGAGUGGAUAUCGGCUUUGGUCGAAGAUGAAAUCGAUGGUGUGCACAAAGAGUCAACAACGAACCGACUGCGAUACACUACGAGGAUUCAUUCAAACAACUCACAGGAAACUGGCCAAGAGCGCGAGGUCCUCGUCCGAGACAUGGGGAGAACAGCCACCGUGGAGGCCAAUCUCCUGUUCCGUGGAAAUUCUCUCCUCACUAAGGCCCUUGAUCUCCACAUGCGUCGUCUAGGAAAGCAAUAUCUUGAAGACACAAUCGCGGAAAAACUGCGUGACAUCGAUGACAAUGAUCCCGAAUGUGAAGUCGAUCCAUCCCGCGUGCCACGCCAUGAAGACCUUGAACGCAACUGGCGGAACCUCACAGCUCUCACUACAAGUGUGUGGAAAUCCAUCGCAGGAUCUGCUUCGCGCUGUCCUCCAGAAUUGCGUCUCAUAUUCCGGCACGUGAGAGCAUGUGCAGAUGAUCGUUAUGGCGACUUCCUUCGGUCUGUGACAUACAGUAGCGUUUCGGGCUUCUUGUUUCUGCGCUUCUUCUGCCCGGCCAUUCUCAAUCCCAAGCUCUUUGGGCUUUUGAAGGAUCACCCCCGACCUCGGGCACAGCGUACCCUGACUCUAAUCGCCAAAGCAUUGCAGGGAUUAGCCAACAUGACAACAUUCGGCAACAAAGAGCCCUGGAUGGAGCCGAUGAACAAAUUUCUGGUCGGCCACCGUUCGGAUUUCAAGGACUUCGUCGACUCGGUCUGUGCAAUUCCCGCUGAUCGACCAGCCCCCAUCGUCACGCCCUCAUACACCACCCCCUUCCAGAUCCUCGGACGAUUGCCACCUACUUCGCGCGAGGGAUUCCCUAGCCUUCCAUUCAUCAUUGACCAUGCCCGUUCUUUUGCAAAUCUGAUUCGUGUUUGGCUUGACGUCGGCCCUGAACGAUUGAACGAAUUGCAUGAAGUGGAUAUCAACCUUUCAAAGUUCCACAAAGAAGCCCUCCAUCUACGAAAACGUACGGAGGAGUGUCUUACUCGUGCUGAGCAAGCCGAGCGGCCAAGCGGAACUUUGGAAAUCAAAUGGGAAGAGUUGGUAGACCAGAUGGAGCGAGCUGUGACCUUAUACGACGAAACCACAAGCAAGCCCAGUACUCCGGCACCAACAGACCCCUCAAUAGCUGGCUCUGCACCGACCCCGGGCAGUCACCGGAACUCCAUCGGCUUCUUUGCCCCCAGGCCUGCAAUCCCUCGGCGCUCUACUGACAACCCUCCUGACGCCGAGGACGAUACACCACCAAGUUCAUCAUCGGCUACUUGGGAUCAAAGUCGUAUUCCAUUUGCUAUACCCCGCUGGUCGGACCCGCGUGAUAGCACCGGGAGCUCCAAAAAUUCCUCAACCUACUCUUUGGAGUAUUCCGAGUCUUCCAAAACACGCAGAGCCAGCGUUAGCAAAGAAUCUUCAAGCAAGUACCGGUUCUUUGACUUUGUGCCUGCUCCAUCCCGACGCAAAGCCAAAGACCGUGAUCAAUCUCACAACCAGUCGCACGAAGACCUACGCAAUGAAUCUUGA